UGAUACAUAAAAAAAAUGUUUUUAUCAUAUAAUACAUAUUUUUACAAAUACAUUAAAGAUACCGGCUUCAAAUGCGGCAAAAGGAAAGAGCGUGAUUAUAAGUGAGGAAGUACAAUGGAGGAACAAAAAUCAAAAGCAAUAUGAAGCCGAGGAACACGCUCAGAUGUUGCGAAAAGAGCGUUUAAUGCGCGAGAUUGAGCUGGGUACUCUAAGUACAAUGCGUUACCGGACAUUAUGGCAAGAGAAGAUGAUGAGGAUCCAAAUGCCACGGAUCGCCGAAGACGUGGAGAUCGCGUGGCGCAAUUUUGACCGAGCUCUCGAUAUCAAGGACUACAGGUCGCCUUGUGUGUCGCAAAAUUUUUAUGGCUAUUCGACCUUUUCCAGAAUAAGUUUUUUGAUGGACGAGGUGGCCGAGGCCGAAGAACAAUAUCAAAAGAAUACAAGAUCGCAUAUUGAAAUGAUAGAUCGAUUAUUGAGGUCGUAUACACAGAGAAUGGAGUGCGAGGAAAACAAUUAUCGAAAGGCCUUAAACGAGGCGCUUGCGCAGACGGAUACUGGAAUUAACAAAAUCUACUAUCAGCAAAACGAGAUCGAAAUUUCGUUACAAGCAAUUACUCAUGGCAUUCAGCAACAGUUGGAAGAAUCAUUGAACAAUGUUAAAAGCAUUACAUUAAGUAUUAAUCUUGCACAAUUUUAUAUUAUUAAAGUUUCAAUUCUAUGUAAUAAAUUCGAAUUGCUCGCUUUUAACUGUAAAAUUGAUGCAUUUAUGGAGGAUAGUAAAGAUAUACGGAGAAUUUGUGCGGCACAACUUGAAAAUCAGUUGCAAGGCUCUUGGGAAAAUCUUCGACAAAUUCUGUCAAAUUACCAAAAUAGUAAGGAAAUAUCUAUUAUUUUUAAUAGUGUGCAUUUGAAUGUCUGUACAUUUAUAAUGAAUCUUUUAAAAAAUGCAAAUAUACAUGCAACUGCAUGUCUAUCAAAUGCAAAUUAUUUUUAUGUUGAGACUAUAUCCAAUAGGCAAGCUAAUAUUGAUCAAUAUGACAUCAUUCUAGAGACGAAGACUCGCAGAAAAUGUUACGAGGCACUCAAAGACAAGGACGAGAAAGACCAGCAAGUGAUAGCGCAACAAUUAUUACGUACAGCGAGUCUUUUCGAAAAAAUACGAAAGUUUCGAAGUAAAAUAACAACAUUUGAUGUACUGACCAAGACAGAAAUCUCCGAAAUUCUGACGGAACACGACUUCUUCCAGAAAGCUUUUUGGAUCGUGAAAAAUCGUCUCCUCUCAGAGCAGAUGCAAGACAAGAAUCAAUUAAAAAUAUUAUCAAUUGAAUAUAACAAGACGAUAAAAUAUUUAAGGUGUCUUGUAGCUAAAGGCAAACGACUGCUCACGCUGAUGCAAAUCUGUCGCAAGUACGAAACACAGAGCGAGAAAGUAAUCCCGUUCGCCGAUCAUAUGGCGCCGGAAAAUGUGCAGACUCCUCCGCCGCACCAAACAUUUUCCUCGCUAGAUUGGAGUGUGUCCUGCCAGGUUGCAGAAGAUUUUCAAGAUCUGACAAAUUUUUGGCGACGACUUGGCCUCGUGCAAACGACUACUAUGCAAUUGCGAUCGGAGAAGGAUAAAUUGAAGGCUGAGGCGAGUUACUUACACGAGUGUAUCAGUUGUUACAUGAUACAGAAGGGACGAGUGAAUGAGUGAACGAGUCGCGUGCGUGUGAGAAACUCUCUCGCGAACGAAAGAGAG